AUGGCUAUCUUUGUAUCUGCCUUACAGCAGGGGGAUUAUUUCAUAUAUAUUUGCAUUUUCUGUGGUUUGUUAUCUGUUCUGAUUAUGGGUGGAAACCUGCUUGUGAUCAUUUCCAUCGUUUACUUUAAACAGUUACACACUCCUACAAACUACCUAAUGCUGUCUCUGGCUGUGGCUGACCUACUCGUAGGUAUUUUUACAUUGCCUUUCACCAUUAUACUCUUUGUGACUUCAUACAGUUCUGUUCAAGGAAUACUUUGUAAGGUUCGGAGUGGUCUGGAUUUAAUUUUAUGCGUUACAUCAAUUUGGAAUUUGUGUUUUAUUUCUGUGGAUAGAUAUUACGCUGUAUGUCAACCUCUGAGAUACAGGAGUGAAAUAACUGGCCGUGUUAUUGGGAUGAUGAUCUUGGCAUCUUGGACUGUUGCCACCGCAAUUGGAGGCACGCUAACAUUUCAGUCCCCAGACAUAGGGCAAUCUAGCACCAUGUGUGUUUUAUUUCAGAAUAAAAUGCUGAAAUCUUUAUUACUUGGAACUUUGUUCGGAUUUUGUAUCCCAGCCAUUAUUAUGAGUGCAAUCUACAUAAAGAUUUUAUUAGUGGCUCAAAGACAGGCCUGCAAGAUCUUAAACAUGUCAAAGUCUGGUACAACAGUUAGUAGGAGCGAAAGAAAGGCAACUAAAACUCUGGCUAUUGUGAUGGGUGUUUUCAUGAUAUGUUGGGUGCCCUUUUUUAUUACUAUCAGCUUCCAUGCUGUGAGCAAUUACUCGACACCACCCUCUGUUGUUCAUUCGUUCAAAAUGUUAGGCUGGACAAAUUCAAUGUUUAAUCCAUGUGUGUAUGCCUUCUUUUACAGACAUUUCAGAUUAACUUUUGGGAUGGUUAUCAAAGGGAAGAUAUUUAAAAAUGAUUUUUCUAACAUGAGACUCUGACUUUUCAAUUUUCACAUACAAAUACACAAUCGGAAUUUGGAAAUAUAUGUGGAACUUCCUGUCACUGCCUUCAAAAACCCCUGGGGCUGCAUGUUAAAUAAAGCCACGGAUAUAAAUCAUUAGCAAAUAUCUUAGGAGAUCAUUUGAAUGAAUGAUUCCUGCUUUUUUGGAAAUAAUAAUUCAUUGUACGAUAAAAACAUGUAUGUUUCCACCUUUAUCUCAUCUUUAAUGAAAGACGCACGGAAAAACAAAAC